GCCAAUCUUCAUCCCCAUAACAGCUUAGGCUGCCAUUGGAGAGCCCGCUGGCGAGAGCGAGCAGGAGGAGGAGGACGCAGGAGAUAACGCAGUCAAUCCGCUGACGAACGAACGCAGUGUCCGCCGCCUCGGCCGAUGUAACCAGACAGCUUAUGUUGGAGACAUAGACACAUAGAAAUAGGACAUUAGAAACUUCGUUAUUUAAAUAAAAAAGGCGCAGAGGAAGGCGAGAAAAUGGGGCAUACCGCAAUUCCCGUCCUGGUGGCUGUAUUGUCCUAUUGCGUGUUGGAAAACGUCGAGGCUCUUGCCAUGACCGAGGUGAAUGGGCCGGGUCCCCAGCUGGCAGAGCCACAGAUCGUCAUGUUCUGUGGCCGACAGCUCCUGCACAUGAACUUACAGACCGGGCAGUGGGAGCCGGACCCUCAGGGCCGCCAGGGCUGCUUCAAGGAGCCCAACGAAAUCCUGUCUUACUGUCAGGAGAUGUACCCAGCGCUUCCAAUCUCACACAUAGAGGAGUCUAAAAGACCCGUAACCAUCCAGGCCUGGUGCAAGAAAGGAUUGGGCCACUGUCAGACGCAUCCCUUGAGCGUACUGCCCUACCGCUGUCUGGAAGGCGAAUAUGUAAGCGAGGCCCUGCUGGUGCCCGACAGAUGUCGUUUUCUCCACCAGGAGCAGAUGAACAUCUGUGAGAGUUAUGUCUACUGGCACAACAUUGCCAAGGAGGAAUGCACCGCAGAGAAUCUCGAACUCCACAGCUAUGGGAUGCUGCUGCCAUGCGGAGACCACUUCCGAGGCGUCGAAUAUGUCUGCUGCCCGGGCAGGAGCAGCUCAAACGGAAAAGGAGAGACAGAGGAAAAGGAUGUGCCUCAGACGCUCGCUUCCCAGACAGUUGGAAAACUCAACUCAGUCGCCAAGGUGAUGGUCCCCACUCCGAGCCCCUCUCCAGAAACGGACCUGGACGAGGUCGACAUGGAGGAGGACGACGACGAAGUGAUAGAUGAAGAGGAAGAGGAGGAGGAAGAGGAAGAUGACGUCAAUGAGGACGAAGCCGAAGAAGAGGAAGAAGAAGAAGAAGAAGAAGAAGAAGAAGAAGAGACAGCGGCUGUGAAGGACCGAGAGGAGUACGAAUACCCUUUUGAGUUGGGUCCUUACCAGACGUCCGACUACUUGGACUCAUUUUACAAUGACAAAAGCCACAAACCCACCACCUCUGCCCCUCUGGCCAGGGGAGACAGCUUUACCACAACUCGCCCCACGGACGGGGUUGAUGUUUACUUUGAGAAGCCUGUGGAUGACACGGAGCACGCCAACUUCCUACGUGCCAAGACGGACCUGGAGGAGCGCAGGAUGAAGCGCAUUAAUGAGAUAAUGAAGGAGUGGGCGGAGGCUGACAACCAGUCCAAAAACCUGCCAAAGUCAGAGCGGCAGGCCCUGAAUGAGCACUUCCAGUCUGUGCUGCAGACGUUGGAGGAACAGGUCGCUGGGGAGAGGCAGAGGCUGGUGGAGACUCACCUUGCCAGAGUCGAGGCCAUUCUCAACAACAACCGCCGUCUGGCGUUGGAGAACUACCUGACAGCUGUGCAAGCUGAUCCCCCUCAGCCUGAACGCGUGCUGCAGGCUCUGAAACGCUACAUGGCUGCAGAGCAGAAGGACCGCAGACACACUCUGAGGCACUACCAGCACAUUGUGGCUGUCGACCCGCAGAAAGCUGAGCAGAUGAAAUUCCAGGUUUACACACAUCUCCAUGUUAUUGAGGAGAGGAUGAACCAGAGUCUUGCUCUGCUUUACAAGGAUCCAACAUUAGCUGAGGAACUGCACAGUGACAUCCAGGAGCUUGUCAAGGCAGAGCGAGGGGACAUCAGUGAACUCAUGACCACUUCCUUCUCUGAGACUCGGACCACUGAAGAGCUCGUACCAGCUGAGAGCGAGGAAGAAAAGGAUGAUGAAGAGGAGGAGGAGAGGGCCUUCCAGAACCGCCCAUAUCCUCCUCGCAUUGAUUUACAGUCUAAUAAGAAAGAGGAUGAGUACGACUAUGCUACAUCUGAGAGAGGUCCUACUUAUGAAUAUGAAGAAAAGAUUAACACCUCUGCUGAGCUGAAACAGGUAGUCAAGCCCAAUGAGAUUGCAAGAGAUGAACUGCAACCUGAUGCCCUGGAGACAUUUAACCGUGGCGCCAUGGUUGGGUUGCUGGUGGUGGCCGUAGCCAUUGCCAUGGUGAUGGUAAUCAGCCUGCUUCUGGUGCGCAGAAAGCCAUAUGGCACUAUUAGCCAUGGCAUUGUGGAGCAGGUCGACCCUAUGUUGACACCCGAGGAAAGGCAGCUCAACAAAAUGCAAAACCACGGCUACGAGAACCCCACCUACAAGUUCUUUGAGCAGAUGAACUGAAGCACUGGAUGCUACCAGCAAGUCAUGCCUGACCACAUUUUGUCCCUCCAAAACCCCUCCCCUCCGACUUGUCUCCCCACUCGUCUUGAAAGUGGUGUCCCAGAUGCACUUCCUGUGAUGGAUUUAUGAUGUGUUGCAUAUUUAAAUUAACUGAUGAUAAAGUACUAGGUUCCUUACCCAUAGCCAGUUAAUCGCAUCAUAAUGUGAUUAAUGAGAUGUAAUACAAUCCUACAGUAUAUUACUUAUUGCAGUCAAAUAUUCCUUUUGGGUAAGCAGAGGUACACCAUUUCAUAAUCGCAGAAACCAUCCAUCUCAUCCUUGUGGCAUGACUUGACCUACUGCUCCUCCCUUGCAGCUGAAUUUUGAAUGGUGCAUAAUGCUUUAUUAUUAGUAUUUAUUUUUCAUUAGUAGUUUCUUUGUUGAGACUGAGCCACAGUUAGAUUUAUCUGUGUAGAUGAGCGUGAAUGGCAGCCUAGCUGAUAAUCUAACUGAAAACUUACCUCCACGAGUUACUAUGACAACUGUAGGAAAAGAUGUGGAGAUUUCGAAUGUAUGAGACAAACAGGCUUUAAUUUAAAAACACAGAAAAACACAAAUUAAUGCAGAAACACUGUAUGUGCUGGUUGUUCAAAAAAUAUUUAGACUUCUGAACAGGAACCAUUUGGCAAAAAUACACACGAGCUUUAAUUUAGCCAGUUUAUUUGUUUUAUUAUUCGGCUUUCAAAAAGAUCUGUACUAAUUAUUCUGAAUAUUCAGAAGUCUAUUAUUUUACUGGAAGCAUGACAACUUUUGGUGUAUGAUGCUGCAGUAUUUAUUUGUGUUGUUCCUGUCAUUGCUUUCAAAGAGUCCAAAAUGUUCCAGACGGACACUGUAAAUAACGUAAGUACCUGCUACUAGAUGUAGACAUUUCUAUGAUUAAUUUGCAUCGGUGUAAUGGAAAAAUAUGUUUUAAAAAAUAAAGACAUAAUAAACACAUUGUGCUGUUAUGAGAAGGAGAAACAUUUUCCUAACAUGGCUGAUUGAAAACGGACUGUUGUAAAAACCAGCACAAGACAACGACACAGCAACUACUUUCUGAAUGUAUUUGAGGUAGACGUUGAGAUUCCUCCCUCUUUUACUUUAAUGCAUCACUCCCCUUGUAGUGAACAUCAGUAGGUAGCGCACUUUGACACAUUUAAGGACUAUUUCCCUGGUGCCCUUGUCAUCACUUUGUGUAGCAGCCUGUUUAUUUUCACAUUUGAGCAGAGGGAUUAUACUAAAUAAAUCCUGCACAGAGCAGUAAAGUGUAAAAAAAAGGGCACAACUAUGGUAUUGGGUCACCAUAUGAAGUAUCAACUAGAGUCUAGACAAAGACACUCCGCCAUGGUAGUCAUACUCUUGUUUUUUUCAAUAUAUAUCUAUAUAUAUAUACAUCAAUUUGACCUCUUUAAACUCAUCACACUGGAUUAUAGUAGUCUGUAGAAGCUUUACAUAGGUCUCCUUGUAGAAAGGCUUUCAACUGAAUGACUCAUUCUAGUUUUCAUAUUUAUGAUCAACCUGCUACCCUAAAUAGGUGAGUCAAGAAAAGGGAUUGCCCCUUGAAAUUCUGGCGAACUGUUUACUGCUUAGUGUGUCAUUUUGUUUUCCUCUACCCUCUAAAAUUUAUUACUGGUCACCUUGAUUAGAAAAGGUCACACUGUGGAGUUUAUCAGGCUUUAAUUAUAUGUUUUAGCACAAACAAUGCCAUAUUUGUUUAUGUCUGUUUUCAGUUUUACAUAAAGCUCCUGAAUAAACUGAGUGAGGGGAGGGGCUUUUCUUUUUUUGUGUGUGUGCUUUCAGAAAAAAGAAAAAAUGAAAUUGAGGUUUGCCAUAAUUUUGUUUGUCUCGUUAGGUGGGUUUAAAAGCGGGUUGUGGUCAUGUUAUGACAGGAUAAGAGAAGUCGCAGCCCCGUGUAUAAAGUGUACAGCUCCGUUAGUGAAUGAAAACAAUGUAUGUUCACAGUUUAAGUCAGUCGAUCUUGUAAUGAUACUACUGAAACCAUAGAUGAGAAUAAGCUUGCCUGUGUUUCCCAAACCACCGAAGGUUUCCUACCAGCAUUUAGCAAAACUCAACAUGGUGUAUACUCUAGUUACUCAAGUCACAUUUGUACUUAAACAUCCUGAUUCAGAUUCUAGACUUCUUCGUUGGUCCGUCCCCUUAUUCCCUUAUAAAAUAUAAACUAUGUUAUCGAGGUUUUAAUUGCUGCAUUAUUGCCUUUUACAAUGCUGUGUUUUGGAUGUAACUAUUAUGUAUUUUUUAUUUAUUAUGUAACAAUCAGUUGGAUUGAGGGUCAUGCAAUUCACAUGUAAUUAAAAGCAUGUAUGCAAAAAAAUAAAAAAAAUAGAUGAUGCUGAGGAAAUGUGAAUCUUAAUUGACAUGCAGUGGCAUUAAGCACAACUAAAUUGUUGUAAACCUGGUGAAACGAUGUAAACUUAUUCACCAGGAUGUUGUUACUACUACUGAAAGAGCUGUUCUUCAUUUUCAUUAAGACCUUUAACCAAAGACAUGCUCCAUGACUUCUUGAAACAGAUUUCUUUAUUUGGCAAAGUGUUCCUGUGUAACUGUACUGUAAACAAUCUGGCAAAUUUAAACUGGUUGAGUUAAUUAAAAGUGUAAUAAAGGUAAAUGAUCCCUUAAGCGUCA